UUUGAUAACUAUUAUCAACAACUCUAUUAAAUAGAAAUUAUUCAGGUUAUAACGUUUAAGCAACUAUAUUUUUUAAACUUAAAUGGAUUAUACAAUCUUCAAAUUUAUAAAGAUUUCACCACUGAAUCGUAAAUAUUUUAAUUAUUUAUAAUGAUUUAUAUAUAUGGCGAAUAUCAACUAACCUUUUUUGAGGUCGGGCAGCUGGUCUAGUUGAACAUAUGGAUGAUUUUUAUACAUAGUAAAAGAGUAUGUAACUAUCAGAGGGUGCGUCCCGAUCGUGCAACAAUAUCCUAUGUAUGUAUCAACACAUAUAUACGUACACCAAUACUGGUUGCAUGUACUCUGCCAGCUUUUCAUACCUACUCGUUGCAUUUAAGUGGUUGUACUCAAUUUUAAAUGUUAGUGUACCAUCUAGUUUUUAAAGAUUGAAAUUUAUUAUCCUUAAUGCUGUUGAAAUUAAGUAAUCAGAAUUAAAUAUUUUUAAUUUUAAAUAAUCAGAUAAUUUCUUUUAAAUUGUUUUUAUAUAGACCCAUUGGUCAAUGUUAUGUUCUUCUAAUUUCUUAAAAAUGUUUAUGAAAUAAAAAAAAUUGUGUUUAUAAUUUUGUUAACUUUUAAAUUUAAAGUUUUUAUUGUAGCUUCUUAAUUUUUUAAUGUAACUUAUUUUUAAGUUGGUCAUAUGAAACAGUUUCGAGUCUUACUUCUCUAGAAAAAAUUGUAGGAGUUUUAAAUCAGAGUAAUCUCUGCAAUAUUCCUGCAUAAUAAUGACUUUCCUUGAUAUGCAGUAUUUGAUUUAAAUGUUUUGGCUGUAAGAGUUGUCUGUUAAAGAAAGUAAAAAGAAUUUGUUCAGUUAUAUCAAAACUUUUUCUUUCUUGCUUUUGCUUCAGCAAACGUAUCGAUUAAAUCCUCGAAGUUAACCUCUCGAGCGGUUUCUUAUUCGAUUGAAACUUGGAAAAUGACUGUUCCGCGCUUGCAGAUGUAAAGGAAUUGUCAAAAAAUAAUAAUAGAGCUGUGCAUACUUCUGGGAAACUCACUGUUAAUGAAUGAUUUUUAACCAUUAAAAGCUGAGCAAGAUCUCUAAUUGAAAUAAGUUUACUUAUUUCAUUUUUAAGAGUGGAUCUUACAGCUAAUAUUUCACUUGUAUAGAACUUAAACAUGGACCUUCCUGCUAGACCAAGGGGUAGAGGACGCAGUCGUCUACAACAGUCAUGUGAACAAAUGGGACCAAGAGGACCUCCUCGCCCACGAGGUCCACAAAACUUUCAACAAUAUCCACGUCCUUCAGGUUCUUCACGUCCUAGGGGUCCUCAAAACUCUCCAGGAUAUCUAAGUCCAUCGAGACCUCCACAAAACUUUCAACAAUAUCCACGUCCUUCAGGUUCUUCACGUCCUAGGGGUCCUCAAAACUCUCCAGGAUAUCUAAGUCCAUCGAGACCUCCACAAAACUUUCAACAAUAUCCACGUCCUUCAGGUUCUUCACGUCCUAGGGGUCCUCAAAACUCUCCAGGAUAUCUAAGUCCAUCGAGACCUCCACAAAACUUUCAACAAUAUCCACGUCCUUCAGGUUCUUCACGUCCUAGGGGUCCUCAAAACUCUCCAGGAUAUCUAAGUCCAUCGAGACCUCCACAAAACUUUCAACAAUAUCCACGUCCUUCAGGUUCUUCACGUCCUAGGGGUCCUCAAAACUCUCCAGGAUAUCUAAGUCCAUCGAGACCUCCACACACUUUAAGAAAUCCUUGUCCUGUAAACACAGUACAGCAAGAUCCACGACCUUCUGAUCCACCUGGGGUGGAACAAAUUCAGCGCGGAAUAGAAAAAAUAGUAACUAGCGAUGCACCAAUUCCUAUAGGACGAGGAGUUAUACGGGGAAGCCGUCAAAUUGAAUAUUAUCGUCUACCACGCCCGGUUCAUUCAAUGAAAAAUGGAAAAAAAGGAAAUUCAGGUUCUACUGUGACCUUAUUAGCAAAUUACUUUCCUAUAACGUCUUACACUACUUGGAGUUUGUAUCAAUAUAGUGUUAACUUUGAACCUCAUGAGGAGCGCGCUCCGAUUAAAAAAGGCAUGUUAAAACAGCAUGGUCAACGUUUUGGUGGAUAUAUAUUUGAUGGUUCAACGCUGUAUACAAGUGCUAAAUUAGACCCCGAUGCUUUCGAAUUAACAUCAACACGUACAUCUGAUGAGCAAAAAUUUAUUAUUAAGGUUAAAUUUACAAAUGCAUUACAACCUGGUGAUCAUGUCUAUAUACAAGUUUUUAAUAUACUUUUACGUAGCUGCAUUCAACAUCUUGGCUUGACAUUAAUUGGCCGAAACUUUUAUGAUUCAAAAGAAAAGACUGAUUUUAGACAGUAUAAUCUUCAACUUUGGCCAGGAUAUCAAACCUCAAUGGCCAGAUAUGAAGAUAAUAUAUUGUUAUGUGCUGAUAUAUCCUCAAAAGUUAUUCGUCAAGAAUCUGUGUUUGACUUUUUUAUAGAAUGUCUUAAUAAUAGAAAUAGAGAUCAAGAUUGGAUGACAACUUUUAAAAAAGUAGUGAUAGGAGCAACAGUUAUGACCACUUAUAAUAAGAAAAUGUACCGCAUUAAUGAAGUUGAGGAAACAUCAAAUCCUUCUUCGACAUUUCUAAAAAAAGAUGGCUCGAAAAUUUCAUAUAUUCAAUAUUAUCAGGAGAAAUAUGAACUAGUAAUAAAGAAUAAUAAUCAACCAAUGCUCAUAUCAAAAAAUAAGAAGAAAAAUACAACUGAAGAAACUCUUAUUUAUUUAGUCCCGGAAUUUUGUUUAAUGACUGGACUGAGUGAAUCAUUACGUAAUAAUUUUAACCUCAUGAGAGAUUUAGCUGAUCAUACACGGGUUGAUCCAUCUGAAAGAUAUAAGCGUCUAAUGAAUUUUAAUCGACGUCUUCAGGGAAAUGAAAAAAUUGUAAAUGAAUUGAACAAUUGGAACCUUACUCUUGGCAAAAACUUAGUUACAAUACCUGCUCGAGUUUUACUUCCUGAAAAAAUAAAAAGCAAUAAUGGAGAAUAUAGCGGAGACAAAAAUGCAGAUUGGACUAAACAUUUACGAUCAAAUCCAAUGUACACUUGUGUAAAAGUUAAACAUUGGGUAGUUGUUGCUCCAGGAGAUAACAUGGCAGCAGUAAAAGACUUUAUAACAGAUCUUUCAAGUGCAGGAAGUGGUAUGUCAUUUAAUUUACCACCACCAAUUCUAAUGUCUUUACCAGAUGGAAAAACUGGUACAUAUUUGAAUCGUUUAGAAAGAGCAAUUAGUGAACAUAAUCCUUCUUUAAUACUUUGUGUAAUUAAAUUUAGUAGAGGGGAUGUUUAUAGUGCAAUUAAGCGAAAGUUAUGUGUUGAUAGAGCAGUACCAUCUCAAGUUGUAUUGUUAAAGAAUGUCACAAAAAAAAAUAUGUCAGUGUGUACAAAAAUUGCAAUUCAAUUAAAUUGUAAAAUGGGUGGAUCACCUUGGCAGGUUACAAUUCCUAAAAAGAAAAUUAUGUUUGUAGGUUUUGAUGUUUGUCACGAUAGUCAAAGAAAAAAUAUAUCAUAUGGUGCAUUAGUUGCUACUAUGGAUGAUUAUUAUACUACAUAUUUCAGUUGUGUAGAACCUCAUCAGAAUAAUGAAGAAAUUUCAAGCCAUUUUGCAGUUUCUGUAGGAAAGGCUUUAUUUAAGUAUAAGUUAAAGAAUGGUGAGUAUCCAUCACAAAUUUUUAUAUAUAGAGAUGGAGUAGGAGAAGGACAGAUUUCUCAAGUUCAUAAAAUUGAAAUUGCAUUGCUAAAAAAUGCAUUAGAAAUUUGCAAAGGUAAAACUACAAUUAUAUUUAUUAUAGUGACAAAACGUAUUAGUUCACGCUUUUUCAUAAAGCAACAUGAUACAUUUGUAAAUCCUGAUCCUGGUACUAUAAUUGAUUCUGUUGUAACUGAUCCAACCAAAUAUGAUUUUUACCUUGUAUCACAAAAGGUACACAGAGGUACAGUUACACCUACUCACUAUCAGGUAAUUGAGGACAAUAUUAAUUAUCCUCCUGAUCUUGUCCAAACAAUUACCUAUAAAUUAUGCCAUGCCUACUAUAAUUGGUCGGGGACUGUACGUGUACCAUCAGUAUGUCAACUUGCUCACAAAUUGGCUUUUUUGACAGGCCAGGUAUUAAGAAGUACUCCUAAUAAAUCAUUGGAUGAACUAUUAUAUUUCUUAUAAUAUUUAAUUAUUAUAUAUAUAAAUUUUAUUUUUGUAGUUUAUUAUUUUAUUUAUGUAACAAAUUUUAGUGAUUGAUUAAAUCAGAAUUUAAUUAUUUCUUUUAAAAAUAAUCAUGCCAAAUAUCAUGUUAUUUUUUAUACUUACUGUACUUAUUAUUAUAUAGAUUGUAUAAUUAAAUAAAGGUACAAAAUCUUUUUUUUGUAAAGUAUUUUACAAAUUAUUAUUUACAUUUUUAAAUUUAAUCAAUAGCAACAUUUUAUUUUUAUUUCAGUUUUCUUUUUAUUCCAUCUAGGAAUAAAGACUUCAUAAUGUCAUUUAAUCUUUCAAUUGCUAUUUGAGCAUGUAGCUUGACUGUUUCAUCAUUUGUACACUGAUAUUGAAAUUUUAAUAUAUUAUAAAUAUCUUUAAUAUUGUCACCUAAAAUCUGAACAAAAUUAUUUAUUAAUUAAAUUUUCUUUGAAUUUAGAUGAUUAAUUAUAUCCUUAAUUUAAUACUUACCUCAAGGAGUUCCAAACUUGCACCUUGUAUAAUAAGUUGUAAUAAAAGAACUGCAGCUCGCCUGGGUUCAUUAGCUGGGUCAAAUUUAAUGACAUAAUCUGCACAAUUUACAAUUUCUGAUAUUAUUGACCCAAGAUUAUAACGUAGGAGACAACAUAUAUCAGCUAAAUUGGAUAAACUUGAAG